AUGUUUAUUGAAUAUCUGUUUACCGCGACUGCGUGUCCAAAGAACUAUGUAGACAAAGUUUUGCUAGUCUCUAUGGAUGGAUUUCGAUGGGAUUACCGAGAAAUAGAUACACCCAAUUUUGAUUCUCUGGCUGACAAAGGAGUGAAAGUGCGUUAUAUGAACAAUGUAUUCGUAACUGAAACAUUUCCAAGCCAUUACAGCAUGGCAACUGGUCUGUACGAGGAAAGCCAUGGUAUCGUCGGUAACCAAAUGUAUGAUCCAGUAUUUAAUGAGUCGUUCGGAAAGGGAACUCACGAUUCAAAAUGGUGGGAAGCUGGGGAACCCAUCUGGAUAACCGCGACGAAACACAAUAAGAAGUCAGCAACGCAUUUUUGGCCUGGAAGUGAAGUUGAGAUUAAAGGUGUGAGGCCUGCAAUCUGGUUACCAUAUAAUGGCUCGAUUCCUUUUAAAACACGAAUCGACACGGUCGUCGAUUGGUUUGCUAAUAAAGGGGUUCAUUUUGCCACACUUUAUUUCCACGCAGGCCAUAAACAUGGGCCGGAUUCUCAAGAAUUAAAAGAUAAAGUCAAGUACAUGGACCAACUCCUAGGAUAUAUGAUACAGAAGUUACGUGACAAUAAUUUAUGGGAUUCCCUUAACGUCAUCGUUACAAGUGAUCAUGGAAUGACGUCAGUGGAUGUCGAUAACAAGUUGGUUAAUAUCAAUGACUACGUUCCUAACAACACAGUAAAAAUGGUCCCUAGAGCUGGCGCUGUGAUGCAGAUCUUACCGGAAGAUGGACAGGAAGACGUGGUUUACCAGUCCAUCAAAUAUAUGGAGUAUGAGAUGCACGCGACUGUUUAUAAGAAGGAGGAUAUACCGGAACACUACCACUAUAAAAACAACCGUCGUGUGAUGCCAAUUAUUGCUGUAGCUGACGAGGGUUGGCUGAUUGUAGAUAAUCCACAAAAGUAUCAUCGAUCAAACCCGGGUGGUGCUCAUGGUUAUGACAAUCGAUUGAUGUCGAUGAAGCCAAUCUUUCUGGCACAUGGACCCAACUUUAAAGCGAACUACAGUCAAGAGUCUAUUGAGAGUGUUGACAUAUACCCUUUAAUUUGUAAGUUGCUAGGCGUGGAUGCUGCCCCUAACAAUGGUAGUCUUAGCAACACCGAAGACAUGCUGAAGACAUGUUAA